AUGAUCGAAACUCCACUUGGCUUCCACCGUUUCUUUUCCCCAAUCAUAUUACUCCACUAUGUCUUAUCUAAACCGAUUCGUGUCCCCUCUAACGUCUCACACCUGCUACUCCAAACCACCAUCGCUUUAUCCACUUUAUUUCGACAGCGAAGCAGCAAGCACCAAGAACGCAUUCCGCCGCUGCUGGUGUUGGUGGUGCGGCGACGUGGGUUGCUGGUGGCGGUGACUGGAGGCGUUGUGGUCUUCAGGUGUCGCAAAUCGAUUGCUUCGUGGCAGUUCUAUUCCAUCGCUACGAGUUCCGAUCAAUUUAGUCCAGGUAACGUCGCUCACCACCAUGGUCCAACCCACCGUCGCUCUCCAGCACCGAUUGUCCCUACAGGUGAUUCUCCCAAGAACUCAUGGUGUGCGAAUAUAGCUUCAUCUUCUGAUUUCCUUAUUCCAUUCCUUCACUGA